AUGUUUGGUUUUUGCUGUAAAAGAUUGCAAUUACUGUUUCCAAGUUGUAGCAUUGCUGUUGAUUCUUCUUCAGUCACCCAUGUUCAUUUUACAAGAUUAUAUGCAUCAAAAUCAUUGUUAGGAAGUACCCAAGAUGAAAAAUCUCGAUCCUUUACAGUUUCAUACCUUGUAAACUCACAUGGGUUCUCCCCAGAAAAGGCUCUCUCUGCCUCCAAGAAUAAGAAGCUACACUUUGACACCCCAGAACAACCAGACUCUGUUGUUAAGCUUCUCAAACACUAUGGACUCACUGAUACCCACAUCUCUAACAUUGUUAAGACCUUGCCAGUUCUGCUUGUAUACAAUGCUGAAAAGACCCUUUGCCCCAAACUCCAGUUUUUCUGUUCUGUUGGCCUUUCGAGCAAUGACCUUGCCCGGAUUUUGCGUUUCAAUGCAAAUAUCUUGACAUGGAGCUUAGAGAGAAGUAUUAGACCUUGUUAUGAUAUCAUGAAGACUCUAGGAAUACCUAAGCACAAGGUCCCUGAUUUCAUUAGCAACUAUCAUAUGUUUAACCUCAAAGUAAUGAGCAAUGUUGCUCACAAUACUUCGAUUCUGAGAGCGCAUCAGCUGCCAGAAUCCUCAUUUCCUCUGUGGGUGUCCUUUUAUUUCAAAGCACUGUCCUUUGACUCUGAGAAGGUCAAACAGAAUGUUAAGAAAGUUAUGAGCAUGGGAUUCCAGCCUUCAUCUAGCACAUUCAUGAAAGCUUUGUAUGUGAUAUCAGUGACGGAUGCAUCAAAAUGGGAACACAAGAUGAAAUUUUAUAAGAUGUGGGGUUGGACUGAAGAUGAUGUAUUGUCGGCGUUUAGAAAGACCCCCCUGUUUAUGACCUUCUGUGAGAAGAAUAUUUCAGCUAAAAUGGAUUUUCUUUUGAACAAAUGGGGUUGCCAGCCUGCAGAUCUGGCUGCACGUCCAGAUCUUUUGACUUAUAGUUUGGAGAAGCGAAUUAUACCUAGGUGUUCAGUUGUCAGAGUUCUCCAGUUAAAGGGCUUAGUUAAGGAAGAUACAUCUAUGGCUACCAUUGUGCACGAAACAGAGAAGUUCUUCUUGGAACAGUUUGUGAUCAAAUAUCAAGAACAGGUACCUGAAUUGCUGAGCAUCUUACAAAGGAAAAUGGAUCUUGCAGAAUUUGGUUUAAGAUUCAACUGA